CCUGACAGCAACAUGACUGAUCAAGGAGCCUUCGAUACCGACGUGCUGACCCUCACCAGGUUUGUCCUGGAGGAGGGCAGGAAGGCCAAAGGAACAGGUGAGCUGACCAACUUGAUCAACUCCAUCUGCACGGCCGUCAAAGCCAUUUCUACUGCUGUCAGGAAGGCUGGGAUCGCUAACCUAUAUGGCAUCGCCGGAAGCACCAACGUGACAGGGGACCAGGUGAAGAAACUGGACAUCCUGUCCAAUGACCUGGUCAUCAACAUGAUCAAGUCCUCCUUCACCUCCUGUGUGCUGGUGUCCGAGGAAGAUGAGAGGGCCAUCAUUGUGGAACCAGAGAAGCAGGGAAAAUACAUCGUGUGCUUUGAUCCACUGGAUGGUUCCUCGAACAUUGACUGUCUUGUAUCGAUUGGAACAAUUUUCGCCAUCUACAAAAAGACGACAGAUGAUGAGCCGUCUGAGAAAGAUGCUCUGCAGCCUGGAAGAAGCCUUGUGGCCGCUGGUUACGCUCUGUACGGCAGUGCCACCAUGAUGGUCCUCUCCACUGGUCAGGGAGUCAACUGCUUCAUGCUUGACCCCGCAAUCGGUGAGUUCAUCUUGGUGGAUCGAGACGUGAGGAUUAAGAAAAAGGGGAAAAUCUACAGUUUGAAUGAAGGAUAUGCGCAGUAUUUCUAUCCCGAUGUGACAGAGUACAUACAAAAAAAGAAAUACCCAGAGGAUGGUUCUGCUCCAUAUGGCAGCCGAUAUGUUGGUUCAAUGGUAGCUGAUGUUCAUCGUACGCUGGUGUACGGAGGGAUCUUUUUAUAUCCCGCUAAUUCCAAGAGUCCUAAGGGCAAGCUGAGGCUGCUGUAUGAAUGCAACCCCAUGUCCUUCAUCAUAGAGCAGGCAGGAGGCAUGGCCACCACAGGAUCCAUGAAUGUUCUGGACAUCCAGCCCACCAACAUCCACGAGCGAGUGCCUGUGGUCCUGGGAUCCCCUGAUGAUGUGCAAGAGUAUCUUUCCAUCUGUAAAAAGCAUAAGAAAUAAGGACUCAAUCGAUCGGCUCAAUCAGGACAUUCAUUGUUAAGUGCUUUCUACUCCUUCCCUCAACUGCACUGAUGGAGGAACCAGGAGCCUCACUUCUACUAAAUCUGCCUCACACUCUGCUAGUUACAUCUUGCUGCUAUAAGUGUAAUUUGUAGAGACUUACCUGAUAUUUUUU